AUGUCGAGACCGGCAGCAACAACAACAUCGCCGGCGAUGACGUCAUCAACUAUAAAACCAGUAGAUUACAAACAUAGCCCUGUACAUUACGCCGUCGUUUUAGGCGAUCACUCUACUCUAACCAAACUCGUCUCUUCUCUUCCUAAACUCGCUAAUCCAACUCAGAUACACACCGAGUCCGACUCACUUUCACAGGAAAAAUUCGCUGAUCAAAUCUCAACCGUCCUUGACCGACGUGAUAACCCUAACCGUGAAACUCCGUUACAUCUAGCCGUCCGUUUGAAUGACGUGUACGCUGCUCGUACACUCGCCGUUGCUGGUGCUGAUAUUUCGUUACAGAAUGCUAAUGGUUGGAAUGCUUUACAGGAAGCAAUUAUGCGGCGAUGUUCUGAUGUUGUUUCGGUUUUAGUACAGCAUCAUCAUUUAGGUGCUUGGUCUAAAUGGCGUCGUCGUUUACCUCGUCUUGUUGCUGUUCUUCGUAGAAUGCGUGAUUUCUACAUGGAAAUUAGUUUCCAUUUUGAGAGUUCUAUUGUUCCGUUUGUUGGAAAAAUUGCACCUUCUGAUACCUAUAAGAUCUGGAAACGUGACGGUAAUUUAAGAGCUGAUACAUCAUUAGCUGGUUAUGAUGGAUUGAAAGUUCAACGAGCUAAUCAGAGUUUUCUCUUUCUCGGUGACGGUGACUUCAAUUUCGAUAUUCCAGCUGGUUCAUUGCUUGUUUUGAAUCACGAUGAACGUAAAAUGUAUGAUGCUUUUGAGAAUGCUGGUUCUCGUUUAAGCGAUUCUGAUAUAUCGAGUUUCUGUAAUCAAACAAGUGUUUAUCGACCUGGAAUGGACGUAACUAAAUCAACACUAGUUAGUCGUACAAAUUGGAGAGGUCAAGACAAAACGGAAAAUGUUAAUGAAUGGAAAGCUAGGGUUUAUGAUGUGAAUAACGUUGUUUUCAGUUUCCGAUCACGGAAAAUCACCGGAGCUGAAAGUGAACAAGUUCUUCCAUUAGAUUUAGAACUAGAAGAAGAUUCCGAUGACGGUUUCCUCGUAGCAGAGAAUCCACGGUUUAGCGUAUGUGACAGACAAAGACGCCACAGCAGUUUCAUUAGAGAAGAAAGAGAGUUCGUUACAGUUUCUCGGAAAAGUGUUGAUAUUAUACCGGAGCCACGGCGGAGAACGGCGGCGGCGGCGAUACCGGUUGCGCCGUUACCGAAUACGAAGGAGAAAGAGUAUGUGAAGAGUUUGAAACCGUCAGUUUGGUUAACGGAACAGUUUCCGUUAAAGACGGAGGAGUUGUUGCCGUUACUUGAUAUAUUAGCUAACAAAGUUAAAGCCGUUAGACGAAUGAGAGAGCUGUUAACUACCAAGUUUCCUCCAGGGACAUUUCCAGUAAAGUUGGCAAUACCCGUGGUCCCCACAGUGAGGGUAGUAAUCACAUUCACAAAGUUUGUGGAGUUACAACCAAUUGAACAGUUCUACACUCCAUUUUCAAGUCCAAGGCACCUUCUUCAUGGUGGUAGUGAGGAUGAUACUUCAGGCACCAAUUACCAUUCACUUCCAUCAUCGUCGUCUUCAUCGUCAUCAUCGUGGCUGUCGAGAAGCAAUAGCAGGUCGACGAGUAAGCAGCCACAGCAGAGCUGCAAUGGUGGACAACAAGCAGAUCCAUUUGCAAUACCUAGUGGUUAUAGUUGGAGUAGUUUUGAUGAGAAGAAUAGGAAAAUGAAGAAAUCUAAGUCUACUAGGAGAACUAAGUGAUUGUCUUACUAGUAGUAAUUCUUUUUAACUUCGAAUGUGAUCAAACUGCUCUGUGUUUUUUUUUUUUCAAUUACUUCCUAAUUUCUAAUAUAGUUUGUAGAUAUUAAGGAGAAUCUAACUUUGAAUCUCCUAAA